GUUUGAAGGAUUCGGAAACAGCAUGGAAAAGUUGUUUUGCUUCGGGACAUCUGGUAACCGCACUUAAAAAUGGCUCAAGGAAAGUUAAAGGUUAAAUCGAAACCACCACAAAAUAAGAAGAAACCCCAGAAAAAGGGUUCGGCAUUCAGCAAACGGAAGAAUGCGCCGAUCCAGUCGAAGAAACACAAAUUUUUGGAAGAUCAUAAACUGAAACAGGUCAUCACAAAGACGGUUAACAAAAAGAAUGAAGAUGACCUACGCAAAGUAGCGUACGAAGGACAAACCAAGCUAAGUCAAGCUCAGCUAGCGGUUCAAGAGCAUCACCGAAAACAGGCACAAAAUAGCUCUGCAUCGGAAGCAGGAUCAUCGAAAGCGUAAGAGGUUGUGCAUAAAAGAACUUAUAACUCAUUGUAUUGAAAUAUAUGGUUUAUUUUGAAAAAUAUCGGUGUUUU